CUCUGGUGGCUGCCUAAAACCUGGCGCCGGGCUAAAACAAACGCGAGGCAGCCCCCGAGCCGCCACUCAAGCCAAUUAAGGCGGACUCGGUCCACUCCGUUACGUGGACAUCCAACACGAUCGGCGUUAAGCCGCCGCCGAAUCAUGUCGAUGAGUCCAAAGCACACGACUCCGUUCUCAGUGUCUGACAUCUUGAGUCCCCUGGAGGAAAGCUACAAGAAAGUGGGCAUGGAGGGCGGCGGCCUCGGGGCUCCGCUGGCGGCGUACAGGCAAGGCCAGGCGGCGCCGCCGGCCGCGGCCAUGCAGCAGCACGCCGUGGGGCACCACGGCGCAGUCACCGCCGCCUACCACAUGACGGCGGCGGGGGUGCCCCAGCUCUCGCACUCCGCCGUGGGGGGCUACUGCAACGGCAACCUGGGCAACAUGAGCGAGCUUCCACCCUACCAGGACACCAUGCGAAACAGCGCCUCGGGCCCCGGAUGGUACGGCGCCAACCCAGACCCGCGCUUCCCCGCCAUCUCCCGCUUCAUGGGCCCGGCGAGCGGCAUGAACAUGAGCGGCAUGGGCGGCCUGGGCUCGCUGGGGGACGUGGGCAAGACCAUGACCCCGCUGCCCAGCGCGCCGCGCCGGAAGCGCCGCGUGCUCUUCUCGCAGGCGCAGGUGUACGAGCUGGAGCGGCGCUUCAAGCAGCAGAAGUACCUGUCGGCGCCCGAGCGCGAGCACCUGGCCAGCAUGAUCCACCUGACCCCCACGCAGGUCAAGAUCUGGUUCCAGAACCACCGCUACAAGAUGAAGCGCCAAGCCAAGGACAAGGCGGCCCAGCAGCAGCUGCAGCAGGACAGCGGCGGCGGCGGCGGGGGAGGCGGGGGCGCCGGCUGCCCGCAGCAGCAACAGGCGCAGCAGCAAUCGCCCCGCCGCGUGGCGGUGCCGGUCCUGGUGAAAGACGGCAAACCGUGCCAGGCGGGCGCCUCGGCUCCCGGGGCGGCCGGCCUCCCCGGCCACGCGCAGCAGCAGGCCCAGCAGCAGGCGCAGGCCGCGCAGGCGGCGGCGGCGGCGAUCUCCGUGGGCAGCGGGGGCGCCGGCUUGGGCGCACACCCGGCUCACCAGCCCGGCAGCGCCGGCCAAUCUCCGGACCUGGCGCACCACGCCGCCAGCCCCGCCGCGCUGCAGGGCCAGGUGUCCAGCCUGUCCCACCUGAACUCCUCGGGCUCGGACUACGGCACCAUGUCCUGCUCCACCUUGCUAUACGGUCGGACCUGGUGA